AAGGAAAGUAUGUAAAUUAAGAAGUAGUUUGCUAUUAAAACUAAUCAUAGGUUUAAGGUGUAGUUGUAUUGUUUACGGGUUAUUGCUUUAAAUUUAACUGUGCUUGAAUUCGUUUAUAAAACACUAUGCUGCGAAGUAAACUACAAAAAUCUGCUCUCUAUGAAGAUAGCAUACAAAAUUCUGAACUUUUGGACUUGUCUCUUCAAAACUGCCCUUCCUCAGAGAUCUCUAAGUACUUCCCAAACAAAAACACAACGUCCAAUGGUUUUCUCGAUAACAUUUUCACUAUCCAACGAAAUCUUAACGCCGAAUUAAACCAAAUCGAUUUCAAGAAACAUCCCAUUAAAUUCGUGUACAAUCCUACCGUAUACGCCUCAGAACCUUGCGAAAAGUACUUUAAAAGGUACUGUCACAACUCAAUUAAGUUAUUAUUAGUUGGUAUGAAUCCUGGACCUUUUGGUAUGUGCCAGACAGGAGUCCCGUUUGGUGACACAAACUGGGUGAAAAAUUGGUUGUGUAUCGAAGGCCAUGUUUCGAAACCCCCUGUAGAAUGCCCUGCAAGGCCUGUACAGGGUUUCAAUUGUACCAGGAAGGAACAGAGUGGAGAUAGAUUUUGGAAAUUCUGGAGUGAGUUGUGUGGAACACCCGAUAAGUUUUUUUCAAAUGCUUUUGUGUAUAAUUACUGUCCGUUAGCUUUUAUGGAUGAAGGAGGUAAAAAUCUAACGCCUGCCGAUAUAAAGGAUAGAAAAGUACUCGAAUCAGUUUGUGACAAGUACUAUUUGGAACUGAUUCGAUUGGUUCAGCCUGAGCUGGUGAUUGCAAUAGGCAGCUACAUAGAAAAACGUACCAAAGCACUGUUUAAGGCCUCCAAAAUGACUCUUCCUGUGAUUUGUUUACCUCACCCAAGUCCCAGGGCUGUAAACAAUAACAACUGGCCAGAAAAAGCAAGGAAUUUCUUGGAAAAACAUCAACUGAUGCAUUUUUUUCAGUAAAAAAUGUAUAGUGACGAAAAAAAAUUUCAAAUAACUUGUUGAAAGCCUUUGGAAAGGUUUUCUUAAUCAGGAUGAUCUCCUGUUUCGUAUUUUCAUGAAUUUUGAACUCUAUUUUCUGUGUUAUAUGAAUGUUUAAAAUAUUCUGAAUAGCUUAGUUAUAAGAAUGACCUUUUUUACGUUAUUAUUAAAAAAAAAUAUUGUAAAAAUGUUACCUAUAGGUAUCGUAAAGGUGAAACCUUAAAAAAGUGUGAUUGUUUUGUUAAUAUACUAGGUGUCUCAAUAAUUAUUCUACUGUUCCAAUAGAGUACUCUAUUUUCAUGCAUAUCUACAAGUUUAAAUUAUUCAGGGUAUGAAAUAUAUAUGUUGGAGACAGAUGCCGAAUUCGGCCAAUAUCCGAAAUAAUUAGACAUAUGGCGAUUUGUCCGUACUAAACUUGCCAGAUGCGUGCAACUUCGUGGUUAUAAAUAGUCUUUAUAUAACUUCUUUGCGGAGGGGGUUAAUCUUUUUUUGGUAUAAUAUAGCAACAAAAGAUUAACACCCUCCGCAUAGAAGUUGAAACCAAUGCAAUCAAAACUCUUCCGCGUAACUUUGUGGAUAUAGGUAGGUAUAUUUAAUUAUAAUCGCCAUAUCGAUUCUGCCUCCUACAUAUACAAGGAAUAUUUAAUUGGCGUUCUAAAUGUGACACCGGGUAUAUUUGUUUGAUAUAUUUAUGAAGUUUAUAUUUUCUAUGUUCAGAUUUUAUUUUUUAUAGAACUAUUUACCUUGAUUUUUAAAGGUUUUUUUUUGUUGUUAUUUAAACAAGUUUAAAUAAUUAUUGUUUUUCUUUUCUACUAAAGUUUAAAAAAAAAAUCUGUGUUAUAUUUUAGAAAGUUUUCAAACUUUUUGUUUAUCUAAUGUAUAUCACUUAAAGUAAGUAUAGUUUUAAGUACUUUGUAUAUUGCAGUUUUUUUAAAUAAGAAAAAACAAAAGUAGA